AUGUCUCAGGACAUUACUCACCCAACAAUUAAGGAUGGAUGGUUCAGAGAAAUUUCUGAUACCAUGUGGCCUGGCGAAGCGAUGACCUUGAAAGUGGAACAGGUUUUAGUUCAUGAAAAAUCGAAGUACCAAGACGUUCUUAUCUUCAAGUCCACUACGUAUGGCAAUGUUCUUGUGCUAGACAAUGUUAUUCAGGCAACAGAACGUGAUGAAUUUUCUUACCAGGAAAUGAUCGCCCACCUUGCGUUGAACUCGCAUCCUAACCCUAAAAAGGUUCUUGUCAUUGGAGGAGGGGACGGUGGUGUCUUGAGAGAGGUGGUUAAGCACGAAUCCGUUGAGGAAGCCUGGCUCUGUGACAUUGACGAGGCUGUGAUCAGAUUAUCCAAGCAAUAUUUGCCUGACAUGGCCAAGUCUUACAGCCAUCCAAAAGUUCGUACCCACAUCGGUGAUGGAUUCCAAUUUUUGCGCGACUAUCGGAACACCUUUGACGUGAUCAUCACAGAUUCGUCGGACCCCGAAGGUCCUGCGCAGUCACUGUUCCAGAAGGCCUACUUUGAGCUUUUAGACAGCGCUUUAACGGAGUCUGGUGUCAUUACGACACAAGCUGAGAGCAUGUGGCUACAUUUGCCCAUCAUCAAAGAUCUCAAGAAAGCCUGUUCGGAGGUUUUCGCCGUCGCUGAGUACGCAUAUACAACUAUCCCAACUUAUCCAUCUGGCCAAAUUGGGUUCAUGGUUUGCUGCAAGAACAAGAACGUCGAUGUGAAGAAACCUCUUCGUGAGCUUUCCGACAACGAAGAGGCAAAACGCUACAGAUAUUACAACAAAAGAAUUCAUGAGGCUUCUUUUGUACUACCUACUUGGGUCGCUAAUGAACUUGACUUUUAG